AAGCCUUUCCCGAUCCUCAUUUCCUGGGGGUUUCUCGAUUGCCGUCAUGGCCAUGUCUUGAAAAGCUCGCAAUCCGCCUCUCUCCAUCAAAUUUUUCAAUUCAUUCCUGGUACCACUUCGGAAAUGGGCUCAGGGUCCAACCUCCAAGGACUCGACAAGUGACACGGCGACACGUCGACGGAAGAGCUAGUCCUUUGAAAAUCCGGGGGAGGCGUCAUUCGUGUUUGGGGAACCGGGACUUUGUGCGCAUCCAGAGCUGCCUCGCAUUUGACGUGUCCGUUGUGCCAUUGGGCCGUUGCCAGUCACCUGGUUUUCGGGACAGGUUCGUGCGCUGGUUCUCAGGUUCCAUCGCAUUGGCCUUUCAGCCAUUGCCACCUGGCCCUUGAGGUUUCUCAGUGUCAGCAGAUUGAAGUUGCAAAGGUGAAGCAGAGGCAUAAAAGCCAUCUGCUGAUUCUGCCUUGUUGGCUACUCAUCGACUCAAUUCUUCUCAACUCACCUCAUCGACGAACACAAUGAUUGAUCUACGACACGGCGAUCACAGGCCGAUCCAGACGAGCGCUGUGAUUGUGCUGAGCGCAUCAAAAUGCUCGUCAAUUCCUCCUCCCUCUCCGCCAACUCCAUCGGCCUCGCCGUCAGCCAAUGAGAUUGCAGACCCUGCGGAUGGCUUUAGUCUCGACAGAGACUCUCUGCGAGAGCAAGCCAUGAUGGAUAGGAGACUUCACAGUGGCAUUCACGUGCUCAAUGUCGAGGCCGCGGCACUGGCAAACCUCACGAAGCUGUACGAGGUUGACGCGGUUGCCCGCAACGGCUUCAAUGCCUCCAUCAAAGCCAUUACCCGGCUGGCCAAGACCAAGGGCAAGCUAGUCAUUAUGGGAGUGGGCAAAUCCGGCCACAUAGGAAAGAAGCUUGUCGCUACGUUUCAAAGUCUGGCGAUACGCUCCGUCUUUCUUCAUCCGACCGAAGCUCUACACGGAGACCUAGGCAUCGUGGGCCCGGAAGAUACGCUCUUGUUCAUCACUUACUCCGGAAAGACUCAGGAGCUUCUCCUCACAUUACCUCACCUAGACGAGAGGCUCCCGACAAUACUUCUGACUUCGCACAUGAGACACGAAACAUGCGAGUUUGUCAAGCACCGACCCAGCACGAUACUGCUGCCAGCGCCCAUCAUCGAGCCUGAAAAGGUAUCCUUUGGCGUCUCGGCUCCCUCCGCAUCAACCACUGUUGCCCUGGCCUUGGGGGAUGCGCUGGCACUGACGGCCGCUCAUGAGCUUCAUGCUUGUGUCUCGACAAUGUUUGCCAAAAACCAUCCUGGCGGCGCCAUUGGUGCUGCGGUGGCACUGGCCGCCCGAGGUCCCAAGACGCUGGGUCACAUCCUCGUUCCAUGGGACGACGUUGACGUUACGAGUGGCCUGAGCAGUGACGAUCUCGCGCUGAGUUUGCUUCGGACAGCGUACAAGUCCAAGACGGGCUGGGUCAGAGUCGGCGAUCAGGUUGCCGUCCCAAGCAGGAUGCGGGCGUUGAGUGACGCAGACAUGGUGAGACCAAUCAAGGACGUCACGGGCCUCACGGUGUCUCGUCACCAGAUGCUGGCCAUGUCGUCCGAGACGACGGUCCGCCAGGCGCGGCAGAUCUUGCAGGACAUGCAAUCGCAGGUUGACCAACAGGACCAGGCAAUGGGCGGAGCGUCCGUCAUUGCCAUCACCAACAAUGGGAGCAUCAUUGGCGUUUUGGAGACUGAGCGAGUCCUUGAACACCAGGAGGCUUGAAGCAUUUGAAUUUGAGCAUGGGACGAGAAAACGAAGUGACAGGAGACAUGAAUGGCCGAAUCUCAUUGUGCCACAGUGUUGGUGAUCAAGUGCCAUAGCGGCAUACAUCUUAGAAGAGAACCUUUGUAUGGGCAUUGUUUUGCGAAAGAUACCAGGCAAAUUGCUAUGAUACAUCUUGAAACUGCACACAUUAUCGAAUUUAGCAUGCAUG